AUGAAACUGCCACAGGGGUUUGAAUUUGAGAAGCCUAACCAGGUAUGCAAGCUUCGCCGCUCCUUGUAUGGCCUCAAACAAGCGAGUAGGCAGUGGAAUUCAAAGCUAAGUGCUGCUCUGCUACAGAUGAUGUUCGUGCAAUCAAAGUCCGAUCCUUCUCUGUUUACUAAGGGCGAAGGUGCUACUUUUAUAGUAGUCCUCAUAUAUGUUGAUGACAUACUGCUUACCAGCCCAGACAUAUCCCAGAUUCAGAACCUAAAGAUGUAUCUUGACAAUGCUUUCAAGAUAAAAGACUUAGGCGAGUUGGGUUAUUUUCUUGGAAUUGAAGCACGGAGUAGUGACACAGGUUUGAACCUCUGCCAGUGCAAAUAUGCUAUGGACAUUCUUACAGAAACCGGUUUUCUUGAGUGCAAGCCGGCUUCCUCUCCUAUGGUUCCUGGUAUUCAUUUAUGCCAUGGCGACAGUGAGCCCUUUGCUAACAUUGGCUCAUAUAGGAGACUUCGCAUCAUGUCCUGCGAUAUAUCAAACGAGCCCCUGGGCAGGGCAUCUUUUUACCCAAAAGGCGAAGCCACACAACUUAACGUUUUCUCCGACUCUGACUGGGCCAUAUGUUCAGAAUCCCGUCGUUCCAUAACAGGCUUUUGUGUGUUUCUUGGCAGUGCACUAAUUUCCUGGAAAUGCAAGAAACAAUCGACGGUAUCUAGAUCUUCCUCCGAGGCCGAGUACCGGGCUUUAGCCGCAACUGUGAGCGAAGUCCAAUGGAUCACCUUUCUUCUCUCUGAUUUGCAGAUGAAAAUGAAGAAGCCUGCAGCGGUGUUUUGUGACAACAAAUCCGCCAUUGCCAUAGCCGAGAAUUCAGUAUUCCAUGAACGCACAAAGCAUAUCGAGAUAGACUGUCAUCUCGUACGCGAAAAAGUUUCCCAAGGUCUCAUAAAGCUUCUGUCUGUCUCUUCUUCGAAUCAAACGGCCGACGGAUUCACUAAACCUCUUCCAAUACCACAGUUUCAGUUGUUUACAUCUAAGUUGGGCACACAAGAUUUGUAUGCGCCAACUUACGGGGGGUGUUGGAAGAAGAAAAAUAAAGAAGCAUGCAGUUCUGGUUUGUUCAAGGCUAAGAUAGGCUGA